UUAAGGCGAAACAUAAACUGUUUUAUGUUUACUAUUUACCAUGCGUGGUAAAUAAAGAUUCGAUUACGUUUAUUCAUUAAUUCGUCACAAUAUGAAAAACUGGUAGAUGCAGUUUCUGUUUACCGUCUUCAACGUGCGGGCUCAUUCGAAUUUCCAAUCACACCUGAAAAGUACUUAAUCUUAACAGAAAAUGACUAAUUUACUGCAAACGUUUCGCGAAGACGACUUCGUUGAAUAUUAUUUGUUUCCUUCCUUGCAAUCCACUGAUGAAAAAGAACAAGAGGCUCUUCUGGAAACCGUUUUGUCCAAGGCAAAUCGGGUGAUUGAAAAAUAUACCCAGGAUUAUUUAUGGCACAAGGACCCCAUACAAUUUGUUUCCAGGACUUCUUUGAGUAAUUUUCUCAUUCAUAAUGAAGGCAGACAAGAGAAUCAACCUCCACAUCUCUAUGGAGUCUCUCACUAUGGCGACAACAUUGAAGAUGAAUGGUUCAUAGUUUUUCUCUUGCAAGAAAUAACUAAAGAAAUUCCAGGAGUCAUUGCAAGGGUUUAUGACUCGGAUGGAGAAUUUUUACUUAUUGAAGCUGCAGAUUAUUUGCCAGGGUGGGCCAGCCCUGAAACCUGCGAGAAUCGGGUGUUUAUUUAUGAGGGCAACAUUCAUCUACUGCCCCUAACAGACCCAGAAAAUCCCAACAUAUCAAUUGAAGAUGCCGUGGAACAAAUCUGGACAAACCCCCAACAGACUAUUGCCCAUCAAGACAUCCAGAACUCGAUUCGCAACAGACUAAGCCAAUAUCCCGAUAAUAUUAAAGAUAAUUUCCAUUAUGCCACAAUAUAUGUGCCAACAGCCGUUGCGGCUAUACUUAAAGUGAAACCGAACCUAAUUAGUUGGGCAGUGCAGGCAUUUUGUAACAGAGAUACAGUGGACAUGAAGGCGUGUAGGGCUAUGAAAUACUUUCCGCCGGAACAAAGGGUGAAAACCAGAGUUAAAUUUACUAAAUGUCUAUAUGCCAUGCUUUUGCGCAGUAAAUACCUUCCAGAUAAAAAAAUCGGCUGGAAUCUACCACCUGCCGCAAGUAAAGAAUACAAGCAACAUAUUCUCGGCAUUAAGGUCGCGUGUGGCUUUGAAAUAUUGGCAGUUCAAGCUAAACCCAGCCAGGAUAUUGAGGGAGACAGGGGAUGGGCCCAAUAUUUGAAAAGUCUUAUGGAAAAGGGAUAUUUCCAGGGUCUUUUGGAAGGCUCUAGGGAUUAUAACUAUAGAUUGGGGAAGGCUAAGGAAUACUACGUGGAGCACAGGGAUUCUAUGCAUUAUAGCUCCGCCAUUGGACAGCAGAUAUUGGAACUUUUGAGAAGCUCUGAGGUUGACCAUGAUCUACUAGAAAAAGAAAGCCAACAUUUACCACCUGAUGACGACGACUCUUGGUUGGACAUAUCAGUGGACGAUCUGGACAAAAUGUUGCAAGAACGUUACGGACAAAAGAAAAUGUUCAAAGUAACCGAAUCGACAGAUCCGAGUAACUUUGCCCAAAAAGUCAACACAUUCUUAAACCACAUAUCGGACGUAGAAGGGGCCGAAUUUCCCCCCGACGAGGGUGUGAGCCCAGUUAAACCGCCGAGAAGCAAAAAGAGCUCGAAAAAGGGGGUUUCUUUCAGCCAAGAUACCCGCAAUGACGACUCGAACAAAAAUAAGGUUAAUUUCGAUCCGAAUUCCUUUGCCAGUGCCAUACAGAACAUCUUAAACUUCGUGAUACCGGAGGACGACUCUUGGGAUUUGGAAAGUGAUUCCGAUAUGAGCGAGUAUGAAAACGAUGAGUUUGUAAAGGACGAGGAUAUGGGAGAGGAGGCCAAAGGAGUUAAAAACAAAAUGCAAGAGUACAUGAAGCAAAUGGAUGCGGAACUUGCCGGUACCACCAUAGGAAAAAGUUUCGAGAAGAAGGCGAAAAACGGAGAUAACUCCUUCGACGACAUUGAGGACUUUGAACCGGUCGAUAUUGAUGUUAAUGCUUUGAAAAAUAUGUUGGCGAGUUAUCAAAGUCAAAUGGGUGAGGCGGGUCCUUCUAGUACCAUGCUGGGACCUAUGGGAAUCCAUUUGGAUUCUAAAAAGUAAAAUGUUGCUAUUAUUUAUGGUUUAUGUAUGCUGUUUUUUAUUUAAAAUGCUUACUCUAAUGAGAAGAAAAUAUUAAAAAUAGUAUAUAUUUGUAGUGAAGAAAUCAUUCAUGUUUAUUUAUUAUGCAUUGAUUCACUUCUAUGAGGAAAUGGUUUUUUAGCGGAAGUAUUUUGGUUUAACCCUUUCGAGCCUAUUGGGUCAUAUAUGUCUCAGUCACAUAUUUUAACUUUAUAUUGUAAAGGUAAAUAUCAGAUUCUGAUAAGCAAAAUAAAUAUUUAAUCUGUAGAAAGGUAUUUUAUAACCUCCUAGGUUAUAAAAUACCUGCACCUAUACAGUGCACAACAUUGUUGGCAUAAAGGUGUAAAACAAGCAUUACAAAAGGUUUCUGUGCGUUUUUCAAUUUUGCGAGCACAUCUACGACAUACAUGUACAUUGUACAUUUUUUUUCUAGUUCAGUUUUGAGUCGGUAAGUGAUCACCCACAUUCAUCAGGGUGCGUGGGUUAGUGAAUAUGUAGGUAUCUUUUUAUAUCUGAUCUAGGACUUUACUAUGACUAAGAAGAAUUUUUUUAAAUACCUUUUUCCACUACUCAAAGAUUUUCUGUCUAUAUCAUAUAAGCCAGUCAACUGAUGUCCAUAUUGAGUUUAUAAAAGUGUAUUAAUUCGGGACAACUGAGAUUUACUUUACUGUCAUCUUUGUAUUCAUUCAGAAACAAGCUAACGUGCCUUCCUGAUUAGAAAAACAUUCCACGUUUUUGCAAGUCGUAAUACAGGUCCCUACAGCAUUAACUGAUGUAAAAAAACCUAUCGAAACAAAAAGACACGUCUUUUUCCUUUAAUGUUCUUGCUUUUUUAUUUACGUUUCUUUCUCCCAAAUGUGUAUUCCUCAUUUUAUCGGUGUCAGAGGAAAAUUUUUUUUGAGGUUGGAUCUAUCUUUGAAUUUUGCACGAUCUUGUCAAUCAACUGAUUGGUGCUUUCUGAUCGAGCUUUUUGAAAUGUAUCCUUCAGACAUCGAACUAAGUCUUCGACGUAAUAAAUCUUGCGAACGCCGAAUAGUUUUUUUUUUAUUAAUAAAAUAUAAUUUGCUAAUUAAGAAUUUGAAAUAAUCCUUCGUCAUUGCAAGUCUUAUUGCUUGAUUGCCAGGAUAUAAAUGAAAAUACUUAAACUUCCACUGCAGAAGAACUUCGAUUCAAGUCAAGAAGUAUUAUGCAAGUCUGUUUUCAGUUACUUUCAUCCAAACACAACUUUUGUUGCUCACCAAGACCUACACAUUACUUUAUCACUCAUAUUAUCGGACUCCACUUCUGAAUCACUCGAGGAAUCCAUGUCAAUCACUUUCUUUGUCGUUCUUGGCUUUAAAAUGAUGGUACAUUUUUUGCUUGUUUUUUGUAGCACUGCUGGAUUCUUUUUUUUCUCUUCCAGUAUAAUCAAUAUCACUAUCUUUGCUAAAGCCCUCUAAGUCUAGUUGAUAAUCAGAUCCACUAUCUGCAAAUGGGUCUUUCAGGUCGGAUAAGUUGUUUGCAAGAUCUUCCAUCUUUGUUGUAGUCAGAAGUUUUUUGUAUACUUUUAAGACGAAUGACCAAAAAGACAAAUAUGGAUCAGUCACCAUUUAUUCGAUUACAACAUGUUUUCCAAAGUAUAUCAAAUAUUAGUAACAUUUACAAACUAACUUACCUUGGCAUUUUUAAAUAUUUUCUCCACAAAGAACAAAUAAGUAAUUGCAACAAACGGGCACUUUACCGCGUGCAACAUAAAAACAAACGACCAAGAAUUUUAACGACGACCCAUAAUAUACUAAUAGGACAGUCUUAGGCGAUACUAGCAAUACUCUGCACCCGAAAAGUCACUAGAAAACUCGUGAGACAUGUUUCCCAAUAGGAUUUCUAAAGUCCAUCAUAUGAAAAAAAAUUCCGUGUUGAAAAGGUUAUAAUUCAUUUUUCUUAGAUGAAAAGAAAACAUUAUUUUCAAAAACGUAUUUUUUCGACGGCGUAUUUGCAAACAAACCAAAAAUUUAAUUUUUCAAGUCACUCAAUAUAAGUAUUUUUACUUGCUGAGCAAAUACGAUUAUCAAUGCAACAAAAAAUAAAAAUUUUAUAUUAAGUUCCGAAAGUUUAAAAAUCUAGCUUUGUUACUUCAGUUUUAAGAAGUUCCCUAAGUAAUAAGUCUUUUUCAGAAAAUCAAGAAAACUGAAAUGAAUGAAUACUUAAGGAUUCACAAACGGGAGCGAACAUUCAAUCUGUUUUAGUAUUCAGGCAAUUCUAGCAUCUCUGAUUUUCAAUGUUUUAUUUUUUUCCUUUAGUACAGAUCGGUUUAUUUGCAACUGCAAGUGAUCCAUUUUGUCCUUUCUUUUAAUUGCCGGGUUUCCUUGCCCUGAGGAAGUUGAUAAACAGAAACUCCUAUCGACAAGUACUAUCUUUACUUUCUUCUGCUUUCCUUACUUCCAAAAUAUUUCGAAAUGUACUCCUUUAAGUAACUUGCACUUUGAAGUGAAUUAUCAUUUCCCGAACGAUCAUUUUCCGGAAUAUUUUUUUCUCGACUGUUAUUUUUCCCCAACAACUAUUUUUCUCGAGUAAUAAAUACUAUUUUAUCUAAUCUAAUGUUCCCGUAACCAUUUUCCUAAAUAGAAUUAUUGGGAUAUUCCGCAAAUAAUUAGAAAAGUAGAAAAAAAGUAUAAAUGUGUAAAAGUUUCUGUUUAUUUGCUUCUUCAGAGGGAAGAAACCAGAAAACCAAAAAAAAAAAAAAAUAGUUAGAUGUCCACAGGUGGCUACAGAGUUCAGCAAAAGAAGCGAAAGACCAAUUUAGUAUUACUGAUAAGUAAUUGUUUACUCCUGUUCGUGAUUCUUUUUUUUGGUUUCCUUGCCCUAAGGAAUCCAAUGAGUAGAAACUUGUGCCUCCACAAGUUUUCGGCUUUCCUUACUUGCGAAAAAUCCCCUUUUUACAAUUAUUAAGAAUGACUUUUUGAAAAAAUGAAAUUUUUGGUGCAUUUUUCCUCUUUAGACAUUUAAUUCCGCAUCCACAUAAUGGUAAAAACAGUAGUGAAUUAUUCAAUUUUUAAAUUAUUUACAGGUUAAAAGUUAAAUUUAAUUAUAUUUCCUAAUCUUCACCCAAAGUAUUUAGUUAUAGGCUGACUUACAAGUGCCUAACUCGCUUUAGGCUUAGAAUAUGUGAUUCCUGUUAAGAAUUAUAUCUAUAGUAGCGAAACGUAAGUUAAUAAACAAUAGAUAAAAGGCAAUAAAUCUCUCUUAUAUAGUAAGCAGGUACCUUCCUUUAGUCUUGAGGCAUGUCACUUGAUUUUCCUUAUAUUUGAUGUCUUAUUAAUAAGCUUUUUUACCAGUUUUAUAGAUUUAUUAGGCUAUAGGUGACUUAAUUAUUGAAUUUACUCUAGUCGAUAUAUUUUUAGUUGUAUCGUUGUUGCAGUAUCAAUAAAUAAAUAUUUAAAAAAAUGAA